GCAAUCAUGCAUAUAAACCAGACAAACAAUAUCACUGUCCCUACUUACUCGUCUUUGCAUGGUUUCACACUUUCUUGUUAAUUAUUCCACCUCUCUCUCUCUCUCUCCUCUUUCUCUCUCUACUAUAUUAGUAACAGAGCCUUCACGAUCUUUUGGCCAACACUAGAAAUGGCGGAAUUUACUAGAAUUAACCCUUGGCAUACACUACUCGUCGGAGUUGCGUUGCUUCUGGCGGCGCUAUGCCACGUGUCGGCGGCGGCGGCGGUGGAGGAGGAGAGGAGGGGGACAUACAUCGUGCACAUGGCGAAAUCUGAAAUGCCGGAGAGGUACGACGACCACACUCACUGGUACGAGUCGUCGCUCAGAUCGGUUUCCGGUUCGGCGGAGAUGCUGUACACGUACACCAACGUGGUUCACGGGUUCUCGACCCGGCUCACGCCGGAGGAAGCUCGGGUCAUGGAGACCCGACCCGGGAUUCUAUCCGUUUUGCCGGAGACGAAGUACGAGCUCCACACGACUAGAACUCCUACCUUUCUGGGCUUGGAUCAGAACGCGGCAAUGUUCCCGGAAUCUGAUUCCAUGAGUGAAGUUAUCGUCGGAGUUUUGGACACCGGCGUCUGGCCGGAAAGCCCGAGUUUCGACGAUGCGGGUCUGGGGUCGGUACCCGGAUCCUGGAGAGGGGAAUGCGAGACUGGAACGAAUUUCACGAAAUCCAACUGUAAUAAAAAGUUGAUCGGAGCUAGGUACUUCGCCAGAGGGUAUGAAGCAACUCUCGGCCCGAUUGACGAGUCGACGGAGUCGAAAUCGGCGAGGGAUGACGACGGUCAUGGUACACACACUUCCUCCACCGCCGCUGGAUCUGUUGUUUCCGGGGCCAGCUUGUUGGGCUACGCGCCGGGGACGGCGCGUGGGAUGGCGCCGAGGGCUAGGGUUGCUGUUUAUAAAGUUUGCUGGAAGGGUGGCUGCUUCAGCUCCGACAUAUUGGCGGCCAUGGAUAAGGCUAUCGACGACGGUGUUAAUGUGCUGUCGUUGUCGCUCGGCGGUGGUAUGUCCGAUUUCUACAGGGACAGCGUGCCAUCGAUCUGGAUAACAACCGUCGGUGCCGGACCCCUCGAUCGUGACUUCCCGGCGUUCGUAAGCCUCGGCAACGGCAAAAACUACUCCGGCGUCUCUCUUUUCAAGGGAGAUUUGUUGCCCGGUAAAUUGCUUCCGUUCGUCUACGCCGGAAAUGUGAGCAACGUUACUAACGGAAAUCUUUGCAUGACGGGGACACUCAUACCGGAAAAAGUUGCCGGCAAAAUCGUGUUGUGCGACCGCGGCAUUAAUCCCAGAGUUCAAAAGGGCUCCGUCGUCAAAGCGGCGGGAGGAGCCGGCAUGAUUUUGACCAACACCGCCGCCAACGGCGAGGAGCUAGUGGCGGACGCCCACUUACUUCCGGCAACCGCCGUCGGCGAAAAAACCGGUCAGGAACUCAAGUCGUAUUUAUUUACAGAUUCCAAUCCAACGGCCACAAUUCUAUUCGAAGGAACGAAGCUGGGAAUCGAGCCUUCGCCCGUGGUCGCCGCGUUCAGCUCACGCGGCCCAAACUCCAUCACCCCAGAAAUACUGAAGCCGGACCUCAUAGCGCCAGGUGUCAACAUCUUAGCCGGGUGGUCCGGUGCAGUGGGGCCCACCGGCUUGGCGGAGGACACUCGGCGCGUCGGCUUCAACAUAAUAUCAGGUACAUCAAUGUCGUGUCCGCACAUAAGCGGCUUAGCAGCUCUGCUCAAGUCGGCUCACCCCGAAUGGAGCCCAGCCGCGAUCCGAUCGGCUCUCAUGACCACGGCUUACACGGCUUACAAAAACGGGAAAGUGAUCCAAGACGUUUCCACGGGCAAGCCAUCCACACCGUUCGAUCACGGAUCCGGACACGUGGACCCCGUAUCAGCCCUCAACCCAGGGCUGGUCUACGAUUUGAACACAGACGAUUAUUUGAAUUUCCUGUGCGCGUUAAAUUACACGUCAGCACAAAUCAACAGCCUAGCGAGGAGGAGUUUCAGCUGUGGGGCCAACAAAGCGUACAGUGUGAAUGACCUAAAUUACCCCUCGUUCGCGCUAUCUCUCCAAUCACAAACGGGUGGUGGUAGUACCGGCAGCAGUGAGAGUAGUACGGGGUCCACUGUGGUGAAGCACACGAGAACACUAACCAACGUGGGACCACCUGGCACGUACAAGGUUUCCAUUACUACAUCGAGCGAUUCGGUCAAGAUAUCUGUGGAGCCUGGGAGUUUGACUUUUAGUCAAGCGAACGAGAAGAAACCUUAUACGGUGACGUUUAGUGCUGCAGCAUCUAAGCCGUCCAAUACAAAUGAGUUUGGCAGAAUUGAGUGGUCAGAUGGGAAGCAUCUUGUGGGGAGUCCAGUUGCAAUUAGUUGGACGUGAGAGGGGUAAAAUUGGUACAAUAAUAUGCAAUGUGGCUCGGCUCGCAAAAAGGGCUUGAGUUAUGGUUCCUAGUUUUUUUUUUUUCUUUUUUCUUUUAUUUAUUAUUUUAAGGGUAAGUUAUUAUGUAAUUUGUUUUUGUUUCAAUUUCACCGACAAAGCAAAAUUAAAAAAAUGAAGCUGGGUUUGUAAUUUGGUGUUUAAUGUGUAUUUAAAGAAAAUUGGGAAAAUCAAUUUGUAUUUUCUUGAUCAGUGUACAGUUAUGUUGUCACACUUGCCUAGCUAGUCUAAAUUGAUUCCAAGUUUCUGUUUUGACUUUGGUCUCUCAUUGCAUGUGGGAAAAUAUAAUACUCUUUUGUUUUU